GACAGGUCAAACAUAAAAGCCCAUGCCUGCAAAUAACUAAAAGGGGUUUCUUGAUUUUCUUUCACUGCAAAAUUCUCAACUUUAACAAAGCGACCAAAAAAUGUCAAACAUUUAACACACACACAGAGAAACUCUGUUAUACACAACGCUACAAAGAGAUACCAUUGAUUUGUUAUCUUAGUUGAAUAAUUCAUACGGGUUUGUGGGUCUCACGAGGAGGGUGGAGAACAGAAUUACUUAGAAAAGAUGCUUCAGAUCCGGCUUAGCAAGCCAGCCAGUGAGAAUGGCGGAGGCGCUAAGUCUUUGCCUCCUGACACUGUUACAGUUGCUUGUCCUGAUCACCUUGUUUUAGCUGAUCUUCCUGUAGCCAAGAGCCUUGGUUCAGUAAAUGCUGCAUCUUUGCUCAAGACUGUUGGCCGUAGGUCCCGGCGCCAGCUUGGUGAACGAGUACAUUUUUGUGUCCGCUGUGACUUUCCAAUUGCUAUUUAUGGACGUCUGAGCCCAUGUGAUCAUGCCUUCUGUUUAGAUUGUUCCAGGAGUGAUUCUCUCUGCUACCUCUGUGAUGAACGAAUUCAGAAGAUUCAGACAAUUAAAUUGAUGGAAGGGAUCUACAUCUGUGCAGCUCCGCAUUGUCUCAAGUCCUUUCUGAAGAAGUCUGAAUUUGAAUCUCAUAUUCAUGAGAACCACAGUGAUCUCCUUCAUCAAACUGCAGAAAAAGAUGGAAAUGCUUCGGAAUCUGCUUGUGCUAGAAAACCUGCAGCAUCUGAGUCUACGGUGCAAGCACCACCUAGGCCUUUAUUUUCCCCUAGUUCAGGUUCUCAGGUACAUGAUCGUGAAGACAAAGCUCAUCAUUCUCAAACUAGAGAUCAACAGCCUCCUAGGCCUGUUAUGCAACCAAAGCCGCCACCAUUCACCGGGUCAAUCCAAAAUCAUCAACUAGAGCAAUCUGAUAGUAAUCCCCCUCCAGGCUUUGAAAGGCCUGGCAUGCAAAACCGGUUACCUCAGCAAGGUUUUGACACACAGGUUCACUUUCCGGACAAGAAACAAGGGAUUAUGGGAGGUUCCCCUUUUCCUGAAUAUCCUAUGCAGAUGCCACAACCUCACGGCUUUGCUGUGCCGAUGAAUUCGAAUCCAGGUUUGGCUCCUCAAUUUGGUUAUAAUCAGUUUGCACCUGAUGGAGCCCAACCAUUUUAUAGUGCUGCUUCAACUCCUGAGAUGGGAGGAUCAGAACAAGGGUCCUUGCUAGGUUUUCCACCUGGUGCUGCAGGAAAUAUGAAUUUCCCAGAAAAUUACCCUCGGCAAUGGAAUAUGGGGCCCGCUGCAGUUCAACCUCCUCCGGAUGGUUUCGUAAGCGGUACUGAUCCUCAAGGAAGAGCGGUCUUUUUCCAAGGAGACUAUGGAAGGAACAACGGUGUAAUGCCCUCGAACCUGCCACCUCCGCCUUCAACCAACAGAGGAAUGGAAGGUGGACUGAGUAGUAAUUCAAUGGACACCAGAGAUAAUAAUAAGGGUAUAUUGAUGCCGCCGCAACCUAUGUCCCUCCCACCACCCCCACCUUUACCUCAUCACAUGUCACAACACCAGAGAGGGGGGAGACACUACUUGGGUGAUGGACAUGAUGGACAGGGCUAUGGUUGGCAACAUGAAAAGCGUGAUAGUUUCGGAAGCAACCAGGACUAGUUAUGUUCUUAUUUUUCCUCUUAUAUCUUCUUCUGUAAGAACAGUGCUCAUUUUGUGUUGCCUAAAGUGUGUGUCAUUGUCUGAACUAUCAACGUUGUUUUGUUAAAGCUAAAACGUUGAUUUCCCUGA